UUCACCUUGAGACGUCAACCCGGGGAGAGGAAUUUUUUCUCGUUUCCCUCGCCAGCGCUUCGUCUGCUCCGUGUGCUUCGCUUCCCUCCUCUUACCUAUUUUUCGCCACCAUUUUGCGUUGCCCCUUGGCUCCCCCCUCGAAGCUUAACCACUCCGCUUUGCAACUUCGCUGCGCCCCUGUGUGCUCUUUCCGAACGGAGGAGAUUCACCCUCGCAAAUGCGAAUGCGCCCCCUUUUUUCUCCCCCCGUUGAAAAUUUUCAUCACGGUAAAGGAGCACAAUAAGGGGAAACUCCUUUGAGAGCUCUUUUUAUUUCCCCCCAUUUUUGAGUGAAUCUUCUCCUGCUCAGCGUCGCUCCUCCCGUAGGAGAGAUACCUCCCAGGCCGCCCAACCGCACACACGCCGCAUUCGCUUGCUGCCCCAAAAUGAGCUUCAAAGGAAAGAAACUUUUCGAUGACGACAGCAGCGACGGGGGGAGGAAACGAAAGCGACUGAAGAAGGUGUCCAGCAGCUUGUUCGACGACGACGAUAAUGAUCACAAUAACAGCAACACUUACGGGAAGGAUUUGUUUAACCGAGGGGGAGACUCCCACGCAUCUGAAUCCAAAAGCGUGGUCGAAAUUAAGGACGACGAGGAUGCCGAGCAGCAGGAUGCCUACCACACCACGGGAAGCACGUCCAACAGGUCGCUGCCCAAAAAGUCGGCAAGCAAACCCAUGUACCAAGACAUAACGUCCUACUUCAAAUCGAGUUCCAAGAAAACGGAGGACCAGGCAGAGGAAGAUGCGGAGGCAGACCAAAUUGGAGGCGGCCACCAGGGGAAGGGCCCCGCACGAGGAAACACAAGUCUCUUCGAUGUGGAAAGCAAAAAGUUUAAAAAGGAAGCCCCCCAUACGGGCACCGGGCUGAAGAGGGAGAGGGAAGAUGACCUGACCAUCAUGCUAGACGAACACAAGUAUAAAAAAAAAAACACCUCUCCAGGGAAAGGCAAAACCAAAGAAGAACCAGACUAUAUCAAUAGCGGCGGGAGCACCACAAAAAAAAAAAACCUCUCCUCCUUGGCCACCCCCGGUGGAAGUAACAACAGGGAAGAUGCAGCCAACAAAUUCGAUUACCUCCCCUUUCAUAACCUCAAAUUUGUGCUUACUGGGGUGUUUAAGAAUUUCUCUCGAGACGAGUUACAAUCAAAAAUUAAAGAACAUGGGGGAAGCGUUAUGUCCGCUGUGUCGUCCAAAACGCAUUAUCUCAUUCAUGGCGAGUACCUGGAAGACGGCCGGAUGUACAACGAGGGGAAGAAGUACCAGAAGGCCUUCGAGCUCCAGAAGAUGAGCAAAUCCAUUAUUAAAAUUCUGAAUGAGGAGCAGCUGCUGCAGAUGAUGCCGCAGGAGAAGGACCAAACGCCCAAGGGGGGGGACGCGGGCGACGGGGAGGACGACCCGGACGGCUUCGAAAAGAGGCAGCAGAGCGACUCCACGAAGAUUAGAAGCGAGAGUGGAAACAGUGGUGGCAUGAGCGGUGGAAACAGCUACAACCGCGCUGUGCACAGCGAGCAGAAGAACCCACCCAGCGGCGGCGCACCUACGGAGCAACGCGAAGUCCUCAACCAACUGUGGGUGGAGAAGUACAGACCCAAAAACCUAAACGAACUGGUGGGGAACAACCAAAAUGUGCUCAAGCUAAAAAAUUGGCUAGCCAGCUGGGACGAUGUCUGCAUAAAGGGGCUCAAAAAACAAGUGACCAAAACGUUCAGAGGGGUGUACGAAAAUGUGAAUGCCAGGUGUGCCCUUUUGAGUGGCUCCGCAGGAAUUGGGAAAACGACGACUGCAAAAAUUGUGGCGGAGAGCUCCGGAUAUAGCGUUAUCGAAUUUAAUGCGUCCGAUGAGAGGAACAAAGCGGCGGUGGAAAAAAUCAGCGAAAUGGCCACCGGGGGGUACUCCAUUGCUUCCAUUAAAAGCCGCAAAUUAACCAAAACGUGUAUAAUCAUGGACGAAGUGGAUGGCAUGUCCAGCGGAGACAAAGGAGGUAGCGCAGCCAUCCUUAAGUUGAUCGAAAAAACAAAGUGCCCAAUUAUCUGCAUAUGCAAUGAUAGGCAAAAUGCAAAAAUGAGAACAUUAGCCAACAAAUGCUACGAUUUAAAAUUUACCACUCCAAACAAAAAUAGCGUCGUGAAAAGGCUCCUCGAAAUAUGCAAGCAGGAGGACAUCAUGAUGGAGCCAAACGCAUUGGAACUUCUAUGGGAAAGCACCAAUGGAGAUUUGAGACAAAUGCUAAACGCACUGCAGUUACUCUCCAAGACGUAUAAACGAAUCCAAUUCUUGGACCUAAAAAAGGAGCUAAACAAUUCUAAUAAAAACAUACAGUCGCUAGCCAACCCAUUUGAAAUAACACUCAAACUUUUAAAUUUCCAUGAAUCAUCAAAAUUAAAGGUACGGGAAAUUAUGGACCUCUUCUUUGUAGACUACGAAUUGAUUCCCUUUUUUAUAAGCGAAAAUUAUACCAACGUAUUUAAUGAUAAUGAUAAAUCGGCUAGCUCUAUAAAUAAAUGGAAUGCCUACUCUCAAAUAUCAUACGAUUUGGCUUUAGCUGAAAGGAUUAAAUAUAAUAUGAAGACGACCAUGGAUUUCUCUCUCCUUCCCCACUUCUCUAUCCUGUCCUGUGUAUGCCCCGUCAUGCGAAUUAAAAUGUUAAAAUCGUUUAUGUCUGGCCGAAUUAACUUCCCUUCUGCCUUUGGAAAGAUCUCCACUUUUAAUAAAAAUAAAAGGCUACUGAACGAGGUCUGCUUUAACAUGUCCUAUAAGCUGAACGUCUGCCCAAAGCACAUGGUGACCUCCGGCUUCUUAAAUUAUAUUUACGCACAAAUCAUUUCUCCCCUCCUGAGUAAUAACAUCCCCAAGGCCAUUCAACUAAUGGAAGAAUAUAACGUCACCAAAGAAAUGAUCACCGAAAAUAUCCCCUGCUUGAGAUUACCCACUCAGGAAAACCUGUAUGAUAAAUUGGACUCUAAAAUUAAGGCCUCCUUCACUAGGCUCUACAACGCUUCCCACGUUAUUAAGAAUGACCCCAACAUGAUGCGCAAGGGACUCAAGUCCACUGAAAAGAAGAGCUCCUUCAAACUGAAUGAGUACGAAUCUGAUGAGGAUAUGGAUGAGCUCAGCGAAUCGAAGGAGGAGAAGGACGACGACGUGCUCGUUAAGACUAAAGUGGAUAAGAAGCCGGCCGCCAAGGGCAAGGCCACCCCUCGCUCCAAGGCCAAGAAGCGUUGA